AUGGCAUUCCAUAGGUCGAGGCCCGAGGAUUCUGGUCGGUUCCUCGGCGCUGUUGCUGGGAUCGGAGACAGUGGGACGGCAUAUCUUGGACCCUCGAAGAACGACUUCCCCCCGAGCCUGACUCUCCGGACCAGAAGGACCGCCGAAGCAAGUCGACAGCCAUCCCGGACGAUCCCACAGCCGAAGAUGUCUAGCAGGUUACCACAGUCUCCCCCCCAUCGAUCGCCACCCUCUCAAAUCCAACCCGGACGGCCGCUGUUCGACCGCCAGAUCCCGUCUCGGGCUUCCACUGACGCCGGAAGCCUGGGCAUGCCUGUGGUAAAUAUACCAGAAGCGUCUACCUCCCCGUCUAGCAAGCUUCCUGCCGCAAGUAGCUCGAAACGACGGAAUGUGCUUCGGCGGAAACAGUCAGGACUAUCGAAAGAAAGGGCCAACACUCGAAAUGACUCGCAAGAUGGUUCGAGCGAAGCCAGCCACUCGUCGUCGUCAAACGCUCGUUCGCAAACGCCGCUGGACAUUCCCACCAGCCCCCGCUUCGACCGGUAUCUGACCCGCAGCCCCAUGGAGAUCUGGGGAGCGCACAGAGUUGAAGUUGGGAAGGCAACAGGGAAUGCCGUGACAAUAUACCCCGAGCUGGAUCGAUAUCGAGACGUUACAACUGUUGCGCAGAUUGAGAGUCCUAGCCCUGAGGUGCCCUAUCCGAUAUCAACUUACGACUUGCCUCCCCCUACGCCCUUCCGCGAUACCACGCCCACCUCGAUGUCGUCGCAAUCUCCGGGCCUGGUCGCCCCCUUGCGCAUCCCCGCACCACCAGCAGCCCGGGUCGACCCGGUCUUUGCUAGACCACCUAUCACCCGAAGAAGAACCGGGAGCAUAUCGAAUGAGGUAGGCUCUCUAAGCGCCGCCGAUCCUCAUGGCCUGGCAGCUGUCAGGGAAUCCUUGACGUCGUCGUCCUCCAACUCGACGGUCCGUGACGGAGACAAGAAGGAUCAGAAAAAGAAGAAGAAGAGGCUGUCGCCGCUUCCGCCCAGCCCCCCACCCCGGAAGUCGUCGCACAAGUUCAAAGGGAGCCGAGAUGAGGAUGAAUCUCCGUCCAAGGCUGCCCGCGAGCCUGCCCAACCAUUAAUGACAUCGCCUCCUGCGGUGAAAGCCACUUCAUAUGCUCGCCCUCGGCAGGUACCAGCCUCCCAACCUGUCGCGUCGCUCAAAGCUGCACCACCUCGCCGGCCCAGUCGAGAUGGAACACCAGAUCUCCAGUCCCAAUUUGGCAUACCCAUACCCAUCAUUCAUAGCAAUCUCUCAUCAACGUCUUUGUCCGAGAGGCGGCAGAGCGGCCUCGUGGCCCCAGGGGCCCUAGGGGCCGCCAGCCGGCCCACCCUGUCUUCCUCACUCCCUGAGCGCAACGCCCUCGCCCCGCGGCGGCCUGUCGGUAGGGAGCCAACCCCGGCCCCCAAGUCCGCAACCUCCGAGGAAGUUAUUGGCAGUUCCAAGAUCGAGUCAAGGGUUGCUUCUCGCACGCCAAGCCCUAAUGUGUCAACUUUCAAGUCACGCUUUCCAAUUUUUGGACGUAGGACAAAGGCAGCCACUGAGGACGCACAACAAGAGAAGAAGGACAAGUCCUCGAGGAAAGGUCCUGCAGCCGGGACUGGCCAUGAAGGCUACGGGCGGCUGGGGGCAGCACGCCGGAGAAGCAGCGGUGCCCGCGCAAUCCCUGGAACCAUGUCGUCGCAAGAAAGUCUGAGCAGCAGCCAGCCUCAUGACUCUUUCUUGUUAGAACGGAUGGCCCCCGUGGUCAUAGCUGGCGGGGAGAUUAUCGAGAACAAGAAUGCGAGCUCUGACCUAAGCCGCACAGAAAGCAACCAGAGUAUAACCCAACGACGCCCCAGUAUCGAGUCCAGGACUAGCUCCCAAGUCUCGCUUUCGUCGCGCGAAGAUCCUCGCCACACUUUGUGGCCCUCGCCUUUUCCACGCAACGCAACCCAGACCCCUUCGCUUGGCACUCGCCGACCAUCUGAUAGCAGCGACUCCGAGGCCCUUGCUAUGAAGUCCACCUUGGCCUUUAGGAGAUCCAUGCAACGCCUCAAAUCAGGAGAACAGGACACUCCGAGACUCCCGAAGCCCAUUGUUACUCGACCUCAAGUCAUAUCACCAUCAAUGACUAGUUUGGAUACGAGUAUCAUGUCUGACGACUCGAUUUUCGACCCCCCCUCGGAAGCGCCUCGGAUUAAUAGGGAACCCGAAACUUCUUCAGCUCUCCCUCACCCCAAGAAGCUUACGAAGCGAGCCCGAUCUCCGAGAAAGUGGAAUUUCUUCGGCCGAUCUCAAAGUCAACCCGCCGUCGAAACGAAGAAAAGAGAUGCGACAAAGACCGUCGCGGCGGCUGUGACUGUUGUCCAGAGCAGGCCUACUGCGUUUUACACUAUGAUGGAUUCCUCUGAGCAAGAGGAUGCGGACACACCAGAUCUGGAGCAGGUUUGUCGUGAGGCUGCUGGUCUGGAGCCGCCUCUUAUUUCCCCCACAAAGCAUGCAGAACAGAGGAGACCAUCUUUGAGGCACGUCCCAGCCCCGCGCCAAAUGGUGAGCCCAGAUGGAACGCAGGCUCAGUCAUUCAUACCGCCAAAGCGUGCAUAUACGUCACCCCUCAAGUCAUCUGCACCCUUGACAUCUCAAGUACAGGCCACAACCGCACCUGCAGCCCUGUCUGUCCAGCAACCUGCCGAACAGCCAGCCGCUUUGAGGCUGCCCUCGGGCCGUCCCAGUCGGUUACCUCAGGUCGGCCGUAUUCCCAAGGUGGUAAGCGCUCGAGCCGAACAAAUAUCACCAAAGAGUUUCUCGAGGCCGUUCCACAGACUCAGUGUGCAGACGCCUCCGCCAAGGGUUGACGUUCCUGACACGGAUUUUGUGGCUAAGGGGCCCAGUCCUCCUAAGCCUUCCACCCCCGAUCUUACGCAGGACGAGUCGACAACAAGCGGCACUACAUUUUCGACCUCUGUAUACGGGCCAUCUAAGGAGUUGCCGUUGGAUCCUAGCCGCCCGGGGCAAGAGUUCCUCUCAUUUUCGCCUCGGAAGAACUCUCAGUGCACUGUGACAACGACAUCAAGUAGUUCUGGCGGAUUGCUCACAUUCGCUUCUGCUACGGCGGUGGUACCAGAGCCCAACGCCCCCCUCGCCGAAGACGAAAUCUGGGAUGAGUACAAUGACCUCCUGGGCGACGAAACACUGCGUGCGCCACAUUCGCAACGAUCGUCAGCAGGCAAGGCAUUUCAUCUAGAAAGUUACGGAUCAGGCCACGGAAAAUUAAUUGAGCCACCUCUUGAGUCGCCAACUCUCAGCCCUCCCCCUUUGCAGAGCAUGGUCCAAAUGUUGCGUGCGGGCAUGGAACCGCCGACAUCAAGCAUCUACAGUGCAGACAUGGCUGAGGAGGUCAAGCGGGCUUUUGAUCUUGAUCCUACUCCAGCAUCACCGAUCAAUGAACUCCGCUUCAAAAAUAGCCGCGAUGAUCCAACCUUCAACUCUGAAUCGAGAUGGCAAGUCGAGCUCGAGUUCCCGGCAGCAGAGCAACACAGGAAUUCCUCCGAGGAUCAAAUUCGACGUUCAGAUGCGAGUGCUAGCAGCCAGGGGUCUGAGGAUGGCUCGCCCUUAUCCCAGGUUAACCUGCGAGUGGGCUCAAUGACUGUCAGCAAGUGGCUUACUUUCGGACACGUCCUCUUCAGCCCCGUCAGGGAUGAACUUGUUGCCGUUGUGGGCUCGCUCAAGCGUCCCUCCAUCCUUGUAGUCGACGGGCUUGGCAAUGACGACUGGUCUUUCUAUGCAGCGGAAACAUAUCCAGCAGCAACGUUUUUCAACUUGUCACCCCGCGCCCCCCUUCCGGCCGACCAUCGUAGUUCCCCUGCAUUCCCACUCAGCCCUCCAAAUCAUCACCAGGUCGAAUAUCUGUCCCACAUGGAUAGGUUCCCGUUCGGCCCUCAAAGCUUCACUGCGGUAGUCUUCCGCUUCCCGGCUGCAGCUCCCGAAGUACAAUAUCGCAACAUAAUAUCGGAGGCGCGGCGAGUACUGAAGCCGGGCGGCUUCAUCGAGUUGUCUGUUCUAGAUGUCGAUUUGAAUAACAUGGGUAACCGCGGACGACGUGCAGUUCGCCGCCUGAAGGAACGAAUUCACGCGAGAGCACCCGAUACUAAUAUCAGCUCGACAUCGGAUCUGAUAUUACGUCAGCUGGGCAGAAAAGCCUUCACUGACGUCAAGACAUGCCGUGUCGGUGUCCCCGUUGCGAGCGCCAUCGCGCGGUCGUCUGGUAGUGAAGCUGCCAACAACAAAAAGAGGGUUUCGACUGAAGCUGGCAGAGUAAGGGAGAAGAGCAAGACUAGGAGGGACAACCGCAGCCUUCCCGAAAUGAUAAGCGACGAAAGCCCGGUUGCAGAUGAAAAUAUCACCAAGAUGGUGGCAAAGGUUGGCCGCUGGUGGUAUAGCCGGUGCUACGAAAGUGCUGCAGUUGCCACUGCUGCUCCCGGCUCCAGAUCGGGCGCUAAUAUGUGGAGUGACAAAGCCUUACUCGCCGAGUGCGAGGAAUGGGGUACAAGCUUCAAGCUGAUGGUCUGCUAUGCGCGAGUACCGGAUGGAAGAGCUCGCGUUGCCAGCAUCUGA